UAUAAAAUAUACACAAAAUAGGACUAUGCUCUGCAGUUCGUGACACAAUAUUAAUCUGGAUCAUGAAACCAAAUUCAUACAAUUGCCUUUGUAUGCAUGUUGCUCAAACAUCUACAGCAGUUCAGUGUUUCAGUGUUUAAUUUGCUGCAAACAAACUUCAAAACAUCUGUGCAAAUAAUGGCGCCUUCACGCCUGUGUUUGGCUUGAUCCCUCAGCUGAUUCAAACUGUUACCAAGUCACAUGAACGCAGCACCUCCCCGUGCUCACCUGUAGAGAGGUGGAGUGCGUUCUUGCGGCGCCACGUGCCACGCGCACGCGGUCAGUACCGGUUUGGAUAGUAGUGGUGCACGAGCUACGCAGCCGCGGGUCCCGUCUGCCACACACGCUUAUCGCGCGCCAAAGCCGAGACAACACGGACUAACCGAACGGGGAGAAACGAGAAGGGAAAGAACCGAGAGAAGAGGAAGGAGCAACGCUUUCCUCGACGACUCAGUUUUCGUGAAGCUUUCCUUUCUGCCAGCGGUGCCCCCUGCUGUUGAGGCUGUGGUAUGAGCCUAUGUGGCAGGAAGGCGCUGACGUUGCUGAGCAGCGUGUUCGCUGUUUGUGCCCUGGGCCUGUUGGGGAUCGCCGUGAGCACCGACUACUGGCUCUACCUGGAAGAGGGCGUCAUCCUGCCCCUCAACCAGAGCACCGAGAUACGCAUGUCCCUCCACUCUGGCCUCUGGAGGGUUUGCUUCUUGGCUGGGGAGGAGAAAGGCAGAUGUUUUACCAUAGAGUAUGUGAUGCCCACCAACGUCCAGAUGACCUCUGAGUCCACUGUUAGUGUCCUCAAGAUGAUCCGUUCUGCCACACCCUUCCCUCUGGUCAGCCUCUUCUUCAUGUUCAUUGGUUUUGUACUUAGUAACAUCGGCCACAUACGACCUCAUCGCACCAUCCUGGCCUUCGUUUCUGGAAUCUUCUUCAUCCUGUCAGGUCUCUCUCUGGUAGUCGGUCUGGUGUUGUACAUCUCCAACAUUAAUGAUGAAAUGUUGAACAGAACCAAAAGUAAUGAGGCCUACUUCAGCUAUAAGUAUGGCUGGUCAUUUGCCUUUGCUGCCAUCUCCUUCCUGCUCACUGAAACGGCAGGUGUCAUGUCGGUGUACCUGUUCAUGAAGCGCUACACAGCAGAGGAAAUGUACCGGCCCCAUCAGGGCUUCUACCGGCCCCGCCUCAGCAACUGCUCAGAUUACUCCGGCCAGUUCCUCCAUCCAGACGCCUGGGCUGGACGUGGCCGCAGUCCCUCCUCCAUCUCCUCUGAGGCUUCCCUCCAGAUGAAUUCAUCCAACUACCCUGCUCUCCUCAAGUGUCCAGAGUAUGAACAAAUGUCCUCCUCACCUUGCUGAGGCAGAGGAUUAGUUGCUGUGUAAGCACCAUGGGGGUCAUUUUGAUCUAACUGGAUUUUGGCAUAAAAUUGUCCAGCAAAUUGAUAUUAUCCAGCUUGUAUCGCUCCCUAUCAAGUGCCCUGACUAUGACCUCCCUGCUGCCGAUUUUCUUAAUUUACACCUUUUGGUUCUGUGGGGAGCAAAACUUAAGUUAACGGUUAGCCGGUUCAUUUUAUCCUCAGCUAACCUGUCCUAUUUCAGGGAGAACUGUGAGAGGAUGAGAGAGGUAAGAGUUGAACCAGCUUGUAUUUUUUUUUCUGCUUUUUCUCAAGCUUGCAGCAGUAGGUGACUAGAAACCUGCUGAACUGAUCAAGGGUGAAGUCAUCCCAAACUUGAGCAGGAUUACACAUUUGCACAUUAGGAGACACGAAGAGUUGAAAAGAGGAACUAGAACUGAAUAGGAAACCACGUGCAAUGGAUGCAGAGCCUGCAGGUUUUCAGAAUUAAAUACUAUAAUGUGCAUCUAGCCAGAAAAUGAAAUUAAGUCAGCAAAUCAAAGAAACUAGCCUUUUCCUCAAUUUACUCAUAAGAACAUCACUCAGGCUGUGCAGACCUUAAACUUGUAAAGGUUAGUAAGGUUGAAAUAAAAUUAUUAAAGCUCCCUCCUCCUACAAAUUGUACAUGUGCAACAGCUGUGCCAGAGCAAGAAAGUUUCACUCACACCCUCAACUGUCAUUUCCCUCCUGCUUUUUGUUGCAUUAUAGGUGUUCAUCACAGCAUGUUUAUGUGAGCUCACAUGUUAGAACUCAGCUUGGGCUUUUUCAUGUUCAAGUGUAGAGCUUUUGACGAAUGUGAUUUUCAACCACUCAGAAAGAUUAUUUUAUUGACAUGCCAUUUUAUAAACAAACCGUUUGACCAGGGUUACAUGCUGGUGGAGCAACGUUUUCACAGAUGGUUUUGACCCUCCAUCGAAACAUCACCCCUUAGUCUGCCCUCUUUAUCAAGUGUGACUUUUAAAUUUUAACUGACUUAACUUUUAACUGACUUUUAGUAAACA